AUGGCGCGUACCGGCGCGAGUCACCUUGGCCACCUACUCCUCGGAGUCUUGCUGCUCUCUGCGGUCCUGAGCUCCGACUCGGCUCGGGUUCCGAGAGGACGACCGGACGCGCUGCCGGCCGGACACGGGCAGCCGGCAGCAAUGGCCGAGAUGACGGUGCCCGGCGAGGAGCAGAGCAGAGGCCCGGCGUUUGGAGUGGCGGCGCACGAGUCCAAGCGCCUGAGCCCCGGAGGCCCGGACCCUCAACAUCAUUAA